UACAGACAAAGACAGACAGACCUACAGACAGACAGACAGACAGUGCAGGAUGGAGGACUCGGCAGACGACAGUGGAAAGCUGACCAGCCAACAGGCUCUAUGUCCCCCCGACCAGACGACCUGCAAACGGCCCUCCAGCUCCACCCUCAAGUUGUUCAUAGUGGCGCUGUCCUUCGCCUAUUUCUCCAAGGCCCUGGCAGGGACGUACAUGAAGAGCUCUAUCACACAGAUCGAGAGACGCUUUGACCUCUCCAGCUCACUCAUUGGACUCAUAGACGGCGGCUUUGAGAUGGGGAAUCUGUUGUUCCUCGCUGUGGUCAGCCAUUUUGGGGCCAAACUCCACCGGCCCAGACUCAUUGGUUUGGGCUGCUUCCUCAUGGCUGUUGGGGCCCUUCUAACUGGCCUGCCCCACUUCUUCAUGGGACGGUACAAGUUUGAUACAGUUAUCUCGGGUUUCCAGAAUGAGAGUGUGAGUAUAGCUGCAUGUGUUGACCCUUUGAAGCAGCCAGAUGUGGUAGAAAUCCAUGUGGAGCCUUCUGCAGAAGACAACGCAGCCUGUGUGAGAGACUCCAGCUCCCACAUGUGGGUCUAUGUGUUCCUGGGGAACGCUCUGCGGGGGAUCGGAGAGACUCCUGUUACACCGCUUGGCAUCUCUUACAUCGAUGACUUCGCCAAAGCCGAAAACUCCCCCUUCUAUAUCGCUUGUCUGCAGACCAUCACUCUGCUGGGCCCCAUGGUUGGUUUCCUAAUGGGCUCGUACUGUGCCAAGCUGUAUGUGGAUAUUGGAUAUGUGGAUCUGGACAGUGUGACCAUCACUACGAAGGACGCCCGCUGGGUGGGGGCAUGGUGGAUGGGCUUUCUGGUGUCCUCUGUCAUCUUGCUCUUCGCGGGUAUUCCUUUCUGGUUCCUGCCCCGCUCGCUGCCCAAGCAAGGGGGCGAUAUGAGCAGUUCACCCCCUAAUCCUGAGACCCUGGAUGGGACAGAAGAUGCAGUCAACAACAACAAUAAUGUCAAAAUGACUGAUAUUGCUAAAGGGUUUCUCCCUUCACUGAAACGCCUGCUGGGGACUCCCACCUACUUCCUGCUCCUUUGUGGGAGCAUCCUGAAGUUCAACUCCUUCAUCGGCCUGCUCACCUUCAAAGCCAAAUACAUGGAGCAGCAGUUCGGACAGUCUGCAUCCAGAGCCAACUUCCUCAUAGGUGUGCUGAACCUGCCGGUGGUGGCCGUGGGCAUCUUUCUGGGAGGGCUGCUGAUGAAGAGGUACAAGCUGGGCGUGGUGUCAGGAGCUCAGCUGUCCUUUGGCACCUCCUUCAUGGCAUAUCUCCUCCUCCUGCUGCAGUUUGGCACCAAGUGUGACAAUGUCCCCGUAGCGGGCCUCACCGUCUUCUACAACGGGACCGCGAGUGUAACUUACGACGGGGAAACGCUUUUCUCAGAGUGCAACAGUGACUGCUCCUGUUCAGCGGAGGAGUGGGACCCUGUGUGUUCAGACAGCGGCAUCACCUACACCUCCCCAUGUAUGGCUGGCUGUCUCAGCUCCACCGGAUACGGCAAGAACACAGUUUUCCACAACUGCAGCUGUUUGUCCUCCUCUUUUCCACAAGGUGGCAGUAUGUCAGUGAGGCUGGGCCAGUGCCCCCGCGCCAAGGACUGCAGUCGCAGUUUCACGUCUUACAUGGCCAUUUCUGUUCUCAGCUCCUUCAUCAACUCACUGGGAACCACGCCGGGCUACAUGGUUAUCAUUCGAUGCAUCUCACCGGAGCUCAAAUCCCUGGCACUGGGUAUACAGACGCUGGUAGUUCGGACCCUAGGGGGGAUACCAGCACCCGUAUACUUUGGAGCCCUGAUUGAUUCAACUUGCCUUAAAUGGGGGAUGAAGAAGUGCGGUGGCAGGGGGGCUUGUCGCAUGUAUGACUCAGACAUGUACAGGAUUAUCUUCCUUGGACUGAUCACUUGUCUCAGUGGCUCCUCCUACUUCUUCAUCAUUGCUGUCAUCCUCCUCCUCAGACGGCAGUUGCAAAAGCCAGAUGGAGCCAAAGAGACCUGGCAACCGAAUGCCCAAAAAGAAAUCGAACUUCAGACCCCAUUAAAACCCUCUGAAGACAAGCCUACCACACCUAAAGCGGCCAAGCUCCCUCACACUCCCAAAGAAGGGGUCCAGAUUGCCGUAGGAUGGGAAGAAGAAGAGCGGGCUCCCGACAAGGAGCAGGACGUCCAGGAAAGAGCCCUUCACAUGCAUAAGGCCACAGAGGAGGAGGAAGAGGAGCCGCCCAGUUUGCAGAUGGAGAACACCAGUGACCUCGCUGCAGCUCCUAGUCAAGGAGGAGCAGAGGAGAAGUGGGGGCAGAGGUCAGAGAGGGAGGUGGAAGAGGGAGAAGAAGACAAGGUCUGCGAGCAGGCCAGUGGACAGGUGAACAGAGAUGGGCUGGUACCUCAAGGAGUGGACGACAGCACAUCAGAGAACUGCCUGUCUCACAGUAAAGAAAGCGACAGCCUGCAAACAUAGUGUGUUCAAACAGCCUGCCUUCGCUUUCAGGGCUCAAACCUUGGCCAUAAUCAUAAAUUAUGCAAUGCAAAAUCUCCCAAAACGGAUGUAAUUGUUAUUCUCAAAGGACUUUUUUUUUUUUUUGCCAGCCGGGUUGCAUGCAGAGUAGCCUCAUGUAAACUAGUAGUGUUUUCCACAUUUUGUUAUAAACACGGCAAGCUGGUAUUGACAAGUCAAGCCUGAUCAUGUUCGUUAGGAGUAAUUACUGACUGAUCAUUCCCACCACGGCAUGAGCCGAACUGAGUCAAUGUAUCUCGGGAGUUGGCUUUAAAAAAGCUGCAUGGUGCUCGGGUUGCACUUAAUGACCAAACCAUUCAAGAUCUUAACUCUAUGGCAUACCUUUGAUUGUUUUCUCAAGUGUGUGUGAGACAGCAGACCCUCUCAACCAGAAUGCAUUGUCUGUUUUACUGUAAUAAUAAAGAAAACAAAACUUGAUGAUAAUGCACAUUACCUGCUUGGUUAAA